AUGACGCAGGAUGUCUCCCAUAUUCGGUUGAUCAACGUGCACCUGGACUCUCUUCCUGUGUCUCCCUCUCUGCAUCCUCAACAGCUCCCUAUAAUGGCCUCUUAUCUACGUGCUGCGGGCCAUAUCUUGGUGGCCGGUGAUUUCAAUCCUGUUCUACCAGAGGACCAGACGCUGGCCAGUGCGAAUAGUCUCAUUGAUGCAUGGACCGAGCUGUGUCCAAAUGAAGAUGGAAUUACUUGGGGGCUUGAUACUGACAUACCUUUCCCCCCAGAGCGAAUGGACAAGGUUGCGCUGAUUGGAAUAAAGCCUUUUCAUGUCCAGGUCAUUCGACCAAGUACAUUUGCUACAGGCGCUUUAAGCGGCGUGGAUGGUGAGCAGGUUGGCCUUGGAAAAGAAGGAGGGAGGGAGAGACACGAAGGAAGUCUUCAGAUACCAUGGAGUGAUCAUUCUGGGCUUUUAUGUGGUUUUCGACUAUGA